UAUAAUCCAACUCCAACUCCAAGUCCACAAACUCCUCACAAUUCACAACAAAUUUUCAUCAUCUCGAUAUAGACUAGUGAUAAAUUCAGACGUUUUCUUUUUAUUUCUCUAAAACCGCUAAAAGAAAAUGAUGGUAAACAAGGCUAUUUUGGGUUCGAUUCUGUUUUUCAUAUUGGUGGGCUCAGUUCUUGUAGUGGAGGCUCGUCCGCUGAGUUUAACGAAGGCCGAAGAGAAGCAAGCAGCGAAAUUCUUUGAUGGUUUGUCACUUGGUGCGAUCAAGGACUCGGGUCCUGGCUCUGGUGGUGAGGGUCAUAAAUUCGUGGAUCGAAGUGAGCCGGUUGUAUAUGGUAAGCACUCUGGUCCCAGUCCGAGCGGACCGGGUCACUAACUAAGGAACCAGUGGUUCCGAGUUCUGACCGAACUGGUUAAGGUGGCCGCUUCGGUGUAGCUUCAGAAAUUGAUUAUUUCUUUAGUUUCUUUUAUUUGUCAUACCUUUCAGAUUAUUUAAUAAGGAUUUUUCUCCACCUCCACCAUACAAAUACAAUGAUGGAGAACAAAUUGGAGGAAACCAAGAAUUGGUAGAAUGUCAUUCUUUUCUCUGUAGUAUUGUUUUGUUUGUUAAUGGUUGUAGUUUAUUUGGAAACAAUAAACAAUCUAAUAAAAUUCAUUGAUUAUUUUGUUUAAUAUAUAACUUCAUUUUUCAUUUUUUGGAUAUUUUAAUUUUAUUACAAAUUAUAACAACAAUUAAUAACACACAAUU